GCGACCCACGACACGCCGCCCGUCACCGAUCGGUCCGCCAUCACGUGCUCGUCGAAGUUUUAUCGGAUAGGAGCGAAAAAAAUAAAGAUAUAAAUAUUUUGUUUCAAGCCCCCAAAAUUCUCGCGAUACACGAUAGACGUUAUGCACGUAUCAUUACGUCGUUUUUAGCCGUAUCGCAGGAACCAGAACAAACAAAUAAUAAAACGUAUGUUAUUCGAAACUUAGUGAUUUUAUUUGAUCGCUAAACGAACGAGUGAAUAACGAUUGUCGCUGGUCGAAAGAUUUCUCUAUGGUUACAUAUUUUGAGGUCUUUGUGGACGUGAAGUUUUGUUCCUUGUUAUGGACAUCAUGUAUAAUGUGUGAUGAAAUCGACAACCGUGCUUUACAGAUACAAUGAUAUCAGUCGUAAAAACGGUUUUUACAGCCUCAACAUAAGACAUGCGGCGAUUACCGGAGCUAUUUACACGUUGAAUAUUUCUGUAUUAGUUGUACUAAUAUACAGUUGGAUGAUAAGUUCAAACAUGAAAAAUGCACUUCUGCUUCAAGAUGUAUUUUAUGGUGUUCAAAUCGCAUACUCUGCUGUAAUUGGAACAAAUUUAUUCAUCUUCGCUGCCAGUGUCAUACUACUCCUUGGGAUCGUCAAAGAACGAAUAUCCCUAAUCGUACCAUGGAUUGUCGGUCUCAUAACUUUUAUGGCACUCGAAGCGGUUGCCAUUGUUUACUCGAACGUACUCAGAGACCAUGUAAAUAAGAAAUUUGACUCGUUCUGCAAAAUUGAAGUAACAUUUUACUUGAUACGGGCAGUACUAAAUGUGUUGAGUCUAUUAAGCGUAAUAAAGUUCUACAAUAUGGUGCGAUUGGGAGUAACGUGGAAAGGUCCAGAGACCAUUGAACUGUGAUGUAAAAUUUCGGGACCAGGACGUUAUCCCGGUUCCAUAUCUUCGGCAGAAGACACUGACACGACUCUAUCCUCAAGCAUGGAUGAUUUCUUAUAAUGAAUACUAAUAACUACUAUAAUGUAAAUGUUGUUGUAUAUUUGUUUUGGUUAAAUAUAAUUUUUAAA